AGAGGAUGGAGCUCAGUGGAAGAGCGUAUUUGCCCAGGAUACGUGAGGACAGAGGUUCAAUUCCAAGUAACACUCCCAGAGCUUCGAAACCGCUAUGGGGACGUGUUCAGCCUGCAGAUGGCCUGAAGGCCAAUGGUUGUGGUCAAUGGACUGAAGGCCGUGCGGGAAGUGCUGCUGACCUGUGGAGAGGACACUGCUGACCGCCCUGAGAUGCCCAUCUUUCAGCAAAAUGGCUAUGGACCCAAAGCUAAAGAUGUGUCUGCAGGUGUGGUUUUUGCACCUUACGGGCCCGAGUGGCGAGAGCAGCGGAGAUUCUUUGUGUCCACCCUGCGCAACUUCGGCCUGGGCAGGAAAUCGCUGGAGCAGUGGGUGACGGAGGAGGCUGGCCACCUGUGUGACGCCUUCAGCGACCAGGCUGGGAGCCCCGUCAGUCCCUACAUGCUCCUGAACAAAGCUGCGUGCAAUGUGAUCGCAUCCCUCGUUUAUGCCCAUCGCUUUGACUAUGGAGACCCUUACUUCAUCAAGAUGCUGAAAAGAAUGGAAGACAGUAUGGGAGAGACUACGGGCUUGCUUCCUGAGGUAGGAGGCUCAGGGGAGCCUGCAGAUGCGAUGCUGUGCCGUCCAUCCUCCUGAGGCGGGGCAUUUGAG